AUGAGCAGUCCGAAGAGAAGAAUCGAGACGGAUGUCAUGAAGAUGUUGAUGAGUGACUACGAGGUGACGCUGGUAAAUGACAAUAUGUAUGCCACGCUUUCUUGCUUGCGGCAAGAAUUUUAUGUCCGCUUCAAGGGCCCCGAAGAGACACCUUUCGCCGGUGGUCACUGGAAGAUCCACGUCGAAUUACCUGAUCAGUAUCCCUACAAGAGCCCAAGUAUUGGCUUCGUCAAUCGGAUUUUCCAUCCCAACAUAGAUGAAUUGUCCGGUUCAGUGUGUCUCGACGUCAUCAAUCAAACUUGGUCGCCGAUGUACGACAUGAUCAACAUCUUCGAGGUUUUCCUGCCCCAACUCCUGCGUUACCCGAACCCUUCCGACCCGCUAAACGGCGAGGCUGCUGCAAUGUUGAUGCGGGAACCUAAGAGUUACGAGGCGAAAGUCAAAGAAUACGUGUCCAAGUAUGCCAGUAAAGAGGCAGUGGAUGAAGCUGGAGAAGAUACCGAGUCAGAAGAUGAGUUGAGCUCGGCCGGAAGCUAUGAAUCUGGCGGCGAAGAGCCGGCUGGAACAAUGGAUGACGUCUGA